AUGGCGUCGUCCAAGGUUGUUGUUGUCUCAACAAAUCCGGAUCUGCCACGCGCCUCUUCUAUAACAUCAUCAUCCUCCUCUUGUUUUCAUCUCUCCUAUUCAAAUCAACCUCCCAAGAAACCUACCACCAUGGACGAAAUUCUCAAGAACAUUUACCCCGCCGCAAUAGAAGUCUUCAAAAUACAACAAAAACUAAAACAAGAACAACAAGAAGAAGAACAACAACAACAUUUCCUCUUCAACAACACAAUUGAUGAUGUAUGGACGGAUAUCGUCGCCGACGCUGGUGUCGGCGCAACCCCUUAUCAUCCUCAUCAAUAUCAAUAUCCAUAUCAACAUCAAGAUGAAUAUCAAUAUCAACAACAUCCUUCUUUUGAUGAAGGUUUCUCUGCCUGUACCGGCGGUGACAAUACUCUAGAAGAUUUCUUGGUGAAAGCCGGUGCUCUUCCUGUCUCUCAUCUUCCUCAAUAUUCUUCCUCUUCUGAACCUUCACAUUCUCUUGAUGUUGCUGCUGUGGGAAAACGAAAGGCUGUUGCGGAAGCAGUUGAGCUUGAUAAAGCUGCUCUUCAGAGACAGAAAAGAAUGAUCAAGAAUCGUGAGUCUGCAGCCAGGUCCAGAGAACGCAAACAGGCUUAUAUUAAUGAGCUUGAGAGACUUGUCAAGAAUUUGGAGACAGAGAAUAAGCUCUUAAUAGAAGAAGAGGAAGAAAGGAAAAAGGAAAGGCUAAAGCAAUUGAAAGAGUUGGUCCUUCCAAUAACGGAGCAGAGACAAAAUCGGAGACUGCGGAGAUCGAAUUCAAUAUAA